AAAUAACGAACUGGGCGCGCAGCUCGCUGUUCGGCGCUCGACGCACGACGCUCGACGCUCGGAGCUGUGUUUGCUGCGAUUGCUGAAAGUGUGGAAUCAGUCAGGAUUUUACCGCCGAACGAGCAGGAACUUUUCUACGCCAAAGAAGAGGGUUUCCUACUGCGAGUACCACGAACAGUAACCGCGUUUUAAGUGUUUUUAGUCAAAAGUUAAAAGAGAAAAGAAUCUUUGUUAUAUCCCUACAUACUGUUUAUGAAGUUUUUGUUUAUUUAAGUUUUUGUUUCAACUGUUGCUUGUUUGUUCUAUUGACGAAAGAAAGUAUUAUUGUUUUUACUAAAACCAAACGGACUUAACUAAAUGUGUUUCUAAGCAAAAUUUAGACGAAAUCUCCAGCAAAGGAGCACAAGAAAUACGCCGCCACAAAUUUGAAAUAACGGUCGUCUCAAGCUAUAAACAAACUAAAUUAAUACGCACCCUCAACGCUUAUCAUUCGAGCGAUCUUUAACACAACAACUGCCACUCAAACAACAACACACAACAACCAAACGCGCAAUGUCCUUUUCCAAAGCCAAACUAAAACGUUUCAACGAUGUCGAUGUCGAGUGCGCCAACUCACCCGCAACCGCACGCUUGGCCACCGACGCAUGCACAGUUAACACGCCCAGCAAAUGUAUUAGCGCCGUCACAACAGCUACAACAACCACCAACGCCACAGCCAGCACAAGCAGCGGACACCCCGAACGCAAAGACCAAAUUGAGAAAUUCUUUAAAGAAGCCGUACGUUUCGCCACCAACUCAAAGGACACUAAGGAGUUCGCUAUACCCAAGGAUGGCGCUGUGAAGGAAGAUAAAAAGUCGAAGGGUUUGCGUCUCUUCCGCACGCCUUCGCUACCGCAGCGCUUACGCUUUCGACACACUCAAACAGACAACGCGCAAACAGCGAAUAAUAAUAAUGGUGGCGCCAGCACCGCCAGUUCAACGCCACUACACUCCGCUGCCACAACACCAAUGAAGGAGUUGUCGAAGUCUGGCGGUAGUCGACUUAAAGGCAAAGAGGCGCUGCAGCAGGAGAUACGCAAAAAGAAUGAGCUGCUCGAGAGCUAUAUGAGUCAGAUAGAUGUGCUGAAGCGUCAUGUGGAGCAGCUGAAGGAGACCGAACAGAAAUUGCGUGCGGAGAAUGCUAGUGUUGUCGAGAAAACCGAGCACCUAAUACACGCACUGCAGACGGAGAAUGCGGCGCACAAGGAACUGAACGAUCGUCUGAGCGCCGAAAACGUGGCGCACACUGAAAACUGCAACAAGAUGGGUGAAGAGAUGAAUUCGCUUAUAGCGCGUCAUGCGCUUGAGUUAGAGGAAUUGCACACGUGUAUGGGUGAGUUGAAGCUGCAGAAAACUACGCUCGAGCAACAGCUGCAACAACAAUGCAUUGAAGAGCGUUUGAAACAGCAAAAGUUGGAUGCUUUACAGCAGGAGGUUAGUGAGGCGCGCGAAAGACUUGCAGUGAGUGAAGAGCGCGCCGAAAAAGAUACUGAACUCAUGCAGAAUUUGCGUAACACCAAUGAAUCGCUCAAUUUGAAUUUGGCCGAACUGAAGAAGCAAAUCGAGCAUGACGCGCUCUGCUAUGCGCAGGAGACAAAGAUCACACAAAACGAGAUGGAAUGCAUGAAGAAGGAGCGCAGCACUCUGAAGCAUGACUUGGCAAGCAAAUGUGAGCUAAUCAAAUCCCUACAGGAUGAACUGCUCGACAAGAACUGUGAGAUUGAUGCGCACUGUGACACAAUACGUCAGCUGUGUCGCGAGAAGGCGAAGUUGUUGGAGAAGGAGCACCUAAUUGAGACAGCUGAAGAGAAGGUGCGCAGCGCUGAGGAGCAGGCAGAGCAAAAGGUGCAGAAGCUCGAGUCGGAUUUGGAGAAUGCGCUUGAGCGUGAGAAGGCAUACUGGCGCGCCGAAUUGGAUAAGCGCCAGAAGCUGGCUGAGAACGAGAUCAUAAAGGUUGAGCUGGAGAAGCAAGACGUAAUGGUUUUGCUGGAGACCACAAACGAUAUGUUGCGCGAUCGCGACGAAAAGAUACAGAAGUAUGAAGAGCAACUGCGUAACGGCAUCGAUUACUACAUACAAAUGACGGACACAUUGCAAAAACAAAUUGUCGAUUUAAAACAGGAUAUGGCGAAAAUCAUAACCGAAAAGUACAAUUACCAGCUGACCCUAAACAAUAUACGUUCCACGGUAAAUAUAUUGAUGGAGCGCUUGAAGAAGUCCGAUGCCGAUGUAGAACAAUUCAAGGCUGAACUCGAGUCUGUACAGCUGGCUAAGGGCGCUUUAGAGCAGAGCUAUCUGUCGCUGCAAGCAGAAUUGGAGGCGGUGCGUAAUAAUCACGUUGAAGCAGAAACGGCGCUGAAGACAAUCUGUCAAUCGUCGCAAACACUUCAGCAAGAGGAGCGCAUAAAUACCACUGAUGUCACACACUACCUGGAUAUGUACAAUGAGCUGCGACGCAAGGACGAAUCACGCGAGCAGUAUAUGCAGGACAUGAAGAAGGCGCUGGACGAGUUUGCAACCGUAUUACAAUUUGCCCAACUGGAAUUGGAUAGCAAAGAGAAGACACUGCACAAGGUACGCGACGAAUGUGAACAGCUAAAGUUGGAGAAUAUAACGCUCAAGUCGAAAGUCGAGGAGAGCAUUAGUAAGAAGGAGAAUAGCACAGAUUUGGAAAAAAUCGAAGAUCUACUUAUUGACACCGAGUUGCGUGCUGAAUGCGAUAAGAUUGCCUCCUGGCUAUUGAGCUCCUCCGCCAGUGAUAAAUGUGUACGCAGCGAGAGUGCCAACGAGAUCAACGAUUUGCUGAAGCCAACAACACCCAACAGCACGAAGAAGAAUCGCAGCUGCUUGACACCAUCAUCGCCCGCCAAUCCCAACAAAACGAUAACUAUAUCGACGGCACCGGGCACACCACGUACGCCACGUACGCCAAAGACGCCGCGCACACCGCGCACCACACCCAAGAAGACCGUACUCUUUCCCGGCAAAGAGAACAUAUGCAGUCCGCAGAAGCAGGUGCUCAAGGCGCGCAAUAUGUAGUGCGCCCGGUGAGGGGGAACGAACACAGUGGAAAUCUACAUUAAUUGUAAGAUUUAUUUACAUUUAAAUAAAUAAUUACAUGAAAUAUAUUA